AUGAGCGAGACCGACGGCUACACAACCGACGGGGGCACGUCCUACACUGCGUCGACGCGCGGCUUCCCGCAGCCGCGACGAGUGACGCGCCAGCAGCGCCUCGACGCGAAGCGCCGCGAGACCUUUACAAGAGAGCGCGCGCGGCCGCGGACGGCGCGCGUCUACCGCGAGAAGGCCAAGCCCUGGGACCGCACGACCUACUGCCGGCCGCUCCACGAGACAUGUGUAGAUGAGGAGCAGAAGCGCUGGCUGCGGCCCCGGCCUCUGACCGUGAUGAAGGACGACGCGUCGGCGGGCGGGUCGACGACCGGCGCGUCGACGAUGGGCGCGUCGACGGCGGGCGCCUCGACGGCGACGAGCGCGACGGGGCGCCCGAAGAGCGCGCGGCCCGUGCGGCCGCGGUCCGCGCCGCCGGCGCCCUUCCGCGCGCGGGCCACCUACAACAAUCUAUCGCGACGGAACGGCAUGGUCGACGCCGCGCCGGGCGCGCUGCCCUCGCGGCGGGAGGGGCUGGCGGCGUUCCGGCCGACGACGGGCGGCGUCGUCUACGCGCGGCGCCUGCCGGUGCGUCCCGUGACGGCCGGAUCCGUCGCGAGCGGCGCGACGUCGAUGACGCGGCGGCUGGGCCGGCGCCGGCGGGGCUGGAACAAGAGUUCGCUGGUCCCGCGCGGCGACGAGGCGCAGCGCCGGUCGCACCCCGGGUUAGUCGACGGCGGCUACCAGCUGAAGAUCGUGAAGCAUGCGCCGGCGCGGCGCACGUCGGUCGACGAGAUCGUCUUCGGCCACGACCUCGACGGGGACGGCUGCUGCGACGACCUGGAGGCGGCGGGGGUCGGGCUCUGCGCCGCGGGGAGGAGUCUCUUCUAAUGGC